CAAUAAUAUACGCACACAUAGUACAGUCGCAAGUUGCGACUCGCAGCGCCAUAUAAAAAGUUGGAACUGAGUGGAAUCGGAGCGAUAUAUAUCCAGCCGAUCCCUUCCAGAGCGUCGGACAAGCAGCUCCCAACCGAUCCCACGUCCCCGAGCCGAUGUCGCGGCGGGAAUAGAGCGAUUCGCAGUCCAAACAACAUGAUAAACCCCAUUGCAUCCGAGUCGGAGGCCAUCAACUCGGCCACCUAUGUGGACAACUACAUCGAUUCCGUGGAGAAUCUGCCCGACGACGUGCAGCGCCAGUUGUCCCGCAUCCGCGACAUAGACGUCCAGUACAGAGGGCUCAUUCGCGACGUGGACCACUACUACGACCUGUAUCUGUCCCUGCAGAACUCCCCGGAUGCCGGGCGACGCUCGCGAAGCAUCUCGCGGAUGCACCAGAGUCUCAUCCAGGCGCAAGAACUAGGCGAUGAAAAGAUGCAGAUUGUCAACCACAUGCAGGAAAUAAUCGACGGCAAGCUGCGCCAGCUGGACACGGACCAGCAGAACCUGGACCUGAAGGAGGAGCGCGAUCGGUAUGCCUCGCUGCUGGAGGAUGGUCAGCCCUCGAAGCUGCAGCGCCUGCAGAGCCCCAUGCGUGAGCAGGGCAACCAGGCGGGCACCGGCAACGGUGGCCUGAACGGGAAUGGCCUGCUCACGGCCAAGGAUCACUAUGCCCUGGGCGGCUAUGCAGGUGGUGUUGUGCCCGGUUCCAGUGCCAUGCCCUCCGGCAACGGCGGCAGCUCAACGCCCAACUCGGAGCGCUCCAGCCAUGUCAGCAACGGAGGCAACAGCGGCUCCAAUGGCAACGUCAGUGGCAGCGGAGGAGGCGGCGCUGGCGGAGAUCUACAGCGCACUGGCAGCAAGCGCUCAAGGAGGCGAAACGAGAGCCUGGUCAACAAUGGCAGCUCUCUGGAGAUGGGCGGCAACGAGUCGAACUCGGCCAAUGAGGCCAGUGGCAGCGGUGGAGGCAGUGGAGAGCGCAAAUCAUCGCUGGGCGGAGUCAGUGGAGCGGGGCAGGGACGCAAGGCCAGUCUGCAGGCGGCGUCCGGAGGUUUGGCCAGUGGUUCUGCGGCUACAAGCAGUGGAGCUGCCGGAGGAGGCGGUGCUAGCGGCAGUGGAGCAGGCGUAGUCGGUGCUGGCAACAAUUCCGGCAAGAAAAAGAAGCGCAAGGUACGCGGCUCGGGGGCUUCAAAUGCCAAUACCAGCACGCGUGAGGAGACGCCGCCGGCGGAGACAAUCGAUCCGGACGAGCCGACCUACUGUGUCUGCAACCAGAUCUCCUUUGGCGAGAUGAUCCUGUGCGACAACGACCUGUGCCCCAUCGAGUGGUUCCACUUCUCGUGCGUCUCCCUGGUGCUGAAGCCGAAGGGCAAGUGGUUCUGCCCCAACUGCCGCGGAGAUCGGCCCAACGUGAUGAAGCCCAAGGCGCAGUUCCUCAAGGAACUGGAGCGCUACAACAAGGAGAAGGAGGAGAAGACCUAGUCUACUAGGCCAGCGAACCCAGCCCAUUGCUCUGUGUUUAACACCAGGCUCUGUAAAAUAUUCGAUCCUAAGAUUUACCUUAAUGUAUAUUUAAUGACUCGCGUCUACCCGCUCCCUCUCCGAUUUUCCCCCACUUUCAUCCAGUUUAGAUCCCCCUGCUUCAGUGGUUAAUGGUCGUCAGUUUUCAUUUAAAGUUUCUGUACAAAUAAUACCUUUCUCGAUGUAAACACAUACACAAACUCGUAUAAUUAGAGUACACCUAAACUUAAUUUACGUUAAUAAACGUUGAUAUUCAAAA